UGCGCCCGCGCCCGGCCCCUGCCGCGCGCCCAUGUCGUCCGCGCCGCUGCGCUCGCCCGCCCCGCGCGCCCUCAGAAUGAAGAAGGACGAGUCGUUCCUGGGCAAGCUGGGCGGCACGCUGGCCAGGAAGAAGAAGGCCAAGGAGGUGAGUGACCUUCAGGAAGAAGGCAAGAAGGCCAUCAACUCGCCGAUGUCCCCUGCCUCGGGGGAUAUUCACCCCGAUGACACCCUGCUAGAGGAGAACGAGGAGCGGACAAUGAUAGAUCCCACCUCCAAGGAGGACCCCAGGUUCAAGGAACUGGUCAAGGUUCUGGUCGACUGGAUCAACGAUGUCCUGGUGGAGGAGAGGAUCAUCGUGAAGCAGCUGGAGGAGGACCUGUACGAUGGCCAGGUGCUGCAGAAGCUCCUGGAAAAACAGGCAGACUGCAAGCUGAACGUGGCCGAGGUGACACAGUCUGAGAUAGGGCAGAAGCAGAAGCUGCAGACGGUUCUGGAAGCCGUGCACGAGCUGCUGCGGCCCCAUGGCUGGGUGCUCAGGUGGAGUGUUGACUCGAUUCACGGGAAGAACCUGGUGGCCAUCCUCCACCUCCUCGUGGCCCUGGCCAUGCACUUCCGGGCCCCCAUCCGGCUCCCCGAGCACGUCUCUGUGCAAGUGGUGGUUGUGCGGAAGCGGGAAGGCCUGCUGCACUCCAGCCACCUUACGGAGGAGCUAACCACGACCACUGAGAUGAUGAUGGGCCGGUUCGAGCGUGACGCCUUCGACACCCUGUUUGACCACGCCCCGGAUAAGCUCAGCUUGGUGAAAAAGUCCCUCAUCACAUUUGUGAACAAGCACCUAAACAAACUGAAUUUGGAAGUGACGGAACUAGAAAGCCAGUUCGCAGAUGGAGUGUACCUGGUUCUGCUCAUGGGCCUCCUGGAGGGCUACUUCGUACCUCUCCACAGCUUCUUCCUGACUCCGGACAGCUUUGACCACAAGGUGCAUAACGUGUCGUUCGCCUUCGAGCUGAUGACCGACAGCGGGCUCAAGAAACCCAAGGCUCGUCCCGAAGAUAUAGUGAAUCUGGAUCUCAAAUCCACCCUGAGGGUCCUGUACAACCUGUUCACCAAGUACAAGAACAUCGAGUGACGGGGACUACAGCAGUGACGGCGGCGGGGACGGUUUCUGGAAAGAAAUGCAGCUUGGGUGUCCCACGCCUUCCCAGGGAGGUGCUUUCGGCUUCUAGCCCAAGCUGCACGAUUAUUCUCUGCCCCUGCCCUCUGUCUGGUUCUUAUUCCUAACCUCCUUUCCCUAUAAUCCCUCAGUGGGCAGAUUCUUUGACAGUGCCCAGCUUUGAAAAUCGGUGCCUUUGUGUUUGCAGUAUCACUUCACCUCAUCUUCCUGGAUGCUGAGUCAGUUGUGAUCUGCUUUGAUCAAAAGAUGAAAAAAUAAAGAAAAUAGUCCCAACCCCAACCCCCUGGGCCAACGGGAGGGAGUCCACCUAAAAUCCGUGUGAUGGAGCGAUUAGCGAUUGCAGGUGUUCAGAAACAUGCUGUGGGCUUUGCAGGAGCUCUCAGCUCAGAGAGGGUUCAGGUUUGACUGCCCUGGGGUUGGAAUAUCCCUGGUAGCUGGGCUUUUUAGUAACGUGGGUUCUGCAGUUUUGCAGUCUUCGCUGUAAAGGCCCAGAAGCCUCUUGACCACUCAGUGUUGAUUUGAUGUAGCUUUUGCACAAACAUCCAAGGCUUAGGGUGACCCCACAGCCAAGGUUUUGUGCUGCCGAGGGGGUUGGGGCAGCAGCUGGCUAUUGAUGUGGCUCAAGGCUGCUCAGUGGGCACCUCCCAUCCCAAAGCCCUGUGUGGGAGUGGACGAACUUUUCAAAAGUGGAGGCUGUGAAGUACUCGUCUCACCUCUCCCAGAACUGCAGCUUGCCCAGCCCUGGUGGAUCCUCCCUUCAGGCAUCCUGUAAAACGAAAUGCCAACCCCUCAUCAUAUGCCCUUUAGCCCCUUUCCCCCCUCAGCUCUGCAGGGAAAUGGGGAAAGCAUUGGCUGUACUUUCUGGGCUGGCUCCAGUGGCCGGGUGGGUCCCCCACUGAGGCACGUCCCCACACCUCCCCUCCUCCUGCAAAGUGACUGUCUUCCUUGAGUUCUCACCAGCAUUCACCGCAGUGAGACAGGCCUUUAUCAUCUCUUUGAUUUUUGCCUUCUGCUGCGGAUCAGAGCUGUGGAGUGCAUUGCCGAUAUUAAAGUGAAUGCCAACGCUGAAGUUUUAAAAAACAGUUUAAUAUUCUGUCUCAGCUCCACUGCUGCCAGGCUGGGGACAGGUUCAGAAUAGCCAUUCUGAUGGAGGUGGUUUCCCAAGCAGGGGAAAGAAAUAAUUAAAAUGGCAUUACGGUGUCUCCUGUGGGAUGUGGUGACAUUUAAGAGCCGCACCAACAAAAUACCCACACUGGAACAGUCUGUGCAGCCCUCGUUACACGCCUAGGAGCGCAGUAGCUUGGCCCAGGGGCCCUCCCUGCCAGGUUCACACGGGAGCUCGGGGCUGGGCCGGGCCCUGCUGCCUGUGGGGUUUGGAAAGAGCUCGGCCACGGGGUUUCCAGGCCAGGUGGGCAGUGUCUGCCCGGACCGUGCCCUCGGCAGCCUGCAGUCCAGACGGCUCCCCUCUGGCUAAACGCGCCCGAGUCUAGGCCCACUUCAAGCCCUUCUGUGUUUCAAGUGAAAGAAUAAAAGAAAUGUUAAGAUAUGUGGGAAACCUACAAACAGGCACUUGGGGCUCCAUCCUGGUGACUAUUUAAGGCCGUGGUUCUAGGAAAGGAUGUGAUUUUCUAUUCAAGUUAUUAUUUUUUUCCAAAUUAGCAAAAAGAUGUAGGUGUAUACACCUGUGAGGCCCCCUUGGGCUUUAUGCCUCUCAUUUCCACCCCUUCUGUGUCCAGAUCUAAUCAGAAUUCACAGCCGGACUUGCCUGGAUGGGUGCACCCAGGGGCCAGCUCUGCAGCAGGGCCAAGUGGGGGCUCUCUCCCCUUUGUCAGCAGCACCCCUGUGGCUUUCGGGAGAAUAGUGCUGGGUGCUAAUUUCAAGGGGUGGCGUGCCUUCUGCCUUACGCUGGAGCAUCUUGGGGUAACUGGCAGUGGACACUCACCUUUGACACUCACCAAGUGCUCCUUGGAAUGCAAACAUUUGUCUCUUAUUUCCUAAUUCAGGAAGUUGCUUUUCUCUGAACAGGGACCUUUGCCCACAGGAAUGAGAUGAAACCUAGACCAUUUGCUUCCGGCAGGGGCAGAAACCUCGACCGCCGGGGCCAAGGAAGUCCGGAGGCCUGAGGCCCCCUCUGAGAGGGCCCUGAAGUAUUUAAUUUUGUCCUUUUCGGGGUGAAUGAUUGCACCCCACCUCUGGUGUCUGGAGCUGUCUGGCAGCUCCAGUUCCCCUUUAACGACCUUAGAGUGUGAUGCAAGCACCGAGCCCAGAGCUGGCUGUGCCCUGGCGUCCUAAUUGAAGGUGACAGAGAGAGAUUUCCCCCUUUGCAUGCCAAUGUUUUAUUGUCUUUUAAUUUUUUAAAGCCAUGUUUAUUUUGGAUUUCUGGAUGCUAACUACAAGCCACUGAAACCCUGGCUGGGCUGAUUGUCCUCUGGCCUGCCUGUUUGUGCUGCAUCAUGAUCGGAAUGUUUCCUAAGCCGGCCACAUCUCAGAGCCACGUGUGAUGACAAGCGUGUCACAAUGCACUGCUGUUUAUUCCAAUAAAGACCCUGUGGCUGCCGUACCGUUUGA